AUGUACAUGAUUUCCUCCUCGAAGAAACAACAACAACCUCCUCAUCAUCAUCAUCAUCCAACGACGACGACAACAACACCAAACGCUUCAAAGAAUUCGUACUUUCGAUUCACGAAAACAGAUCUCGAAACGACCGAGCGAGAGUUACUCCUGCAGUGCGAAGAGACGAAACGAGGGAACGAAAUAAACGCGAUACGAGCCGUCGUGGCUGGUGGCGAGAGAGAGGCGAUUCGGUCCGCGUUGUCCCUCGUUGGUGGUUUUGGUGAUGUCGUCGGGAGGACGACCGCCGCCGAAGGUCGAGCGCGUCGAGACGACGGAGACGAUGACGAUGGAAGAGGAGGAAAAGGAAACGAGGAGGACGACGAGGAGUCGAUUUUAGCCAGGGAAGGUCGGAUGGUUUUGAAGAUGGCGAGGCAAAAAGAAAACAUGGACCAGUUUACGUUUUCGAGGACGACGACGACGACGAGGAGAGAAGAAGAAGAAAACGAAGAAAACGAAAUUGAAAAGAGAGAAGAGAGGACGGAGAAGUUGACGGAGAUGAACACGGAGAGCGCGAAGAGGACGUUUGAACUCGAAUCGAGAGGAUGGGAGACGGAAGAGACGGUGGUCGCGGAGGAGGAGGAAGGCGAGGGCGACGGCGCGGGAAAAGCGCGAGAAGAGGAAGAGAUGGAAGAGCGACGAACAGUGUUCGAGGAAAAAGAAGACGGAGGAGAAGAAGAAAUAAGAGGCGCAGAAGACGAGGAAGAAGAUAGGACGCAGAAGUACGGCGGGACGCCGACGCAAACGCAAACGAAUAAUAAUGAGUACAACAAUAACAGCGUCGGACAGUCGAGGAACGAUUUGUUUCGAGCGAGCGGGAUCGCCGGAGGCGAGACGGUUGAUCCGCAAGGAACGCAACGCGUAGAGCCGAGUUUUGCGGAAGAGGAAGAGGAAGGUGGAGAAGAAAGAGCGACGGAACCGGUGCCCGUGACGACGAUUGCGGCGACGCAGGACGAUUUAGAAGAAGAAGAAGAAAAAGAAGAAGAAGUAGUAGUAGUAGUAGAAGAAAAAGAAGAAGAGGAGGAAUCUGAGGAUGACGAAGAGAUAGAAAUUGUAGGCACGCAAGUCAUCGCGUCCGAGGACGAAGAAGAAAAAGAAGAAGAAAAAGACAAGGAAGAAGACACGCAGCAACGCGCACACGAUGCGGCACAUGACGUCAUAGAAGAUACCGCCGCGGAAGCCGCGCUAGAUGUAGCAUUAGAAGACGACGAAGAAGGUGCUGGUGCACCAAUUCUGGCCACGCCGGCGGAUGCGCCACCGGCGAAAAAUAAACAACCGCCGCCGCUUCCGCCGAGACGUGGAAACGCAGGCUCCGUUAUUCCCGCCACGGAACUUUCCGUGGGAACGCAGAACGUUUCCGCCACGGCUCCGUCCGGAAACGCGCACGUGGCGACGGUUAAAGUCGUCGCCUCAGCCGCUGAAAACGCGCUGAGGAAACAAAUGGAAACGAGAAAGAAACAAGCGUUUGGGAUUGAAAGCGUAGCGCCGCAGUCUUUAAAUCCAAACUCCAGCGACGUGGAAAUGCAAACAGAACGAAGUAAAGGAGAUAGAAAAGAAGAACAAGAAGAAGGUGAUGGUGACGAUUAUAAGAACGACGACGACGACGACGACAACGAACAAAAACAUAACCAGUCGCCGGAUCUCGCUGAAUAUUACUCGCAACGCGUCAACGAGACAGACCAAGAGGACGAAAUCGAAGAGGACGACGACGACGAGGAGGAGGAGGACGAAAUCGUGUAUCGAUCGCAACUGACGCAACAAGACGACGAAGGUGGUGUGCUGCAUCGACCAAAGAACGUAAAGUUCUCCAUGCCUGUCAUACUCGGCGAUGGUGAAAUGUCUUCGUCCGAGGAGGAGGAAGAGGAAGAGGACGAUGAUGAUUGCAGAAAUGCGAGAGAUGGGAAAGAGGACGAAGGAGAAGACUUUGACGAUUUGGAGGACGACGACGAUGAAGAAUUUGGAGAGGAAGACAAGGAGGACGAAGAACCGCGCGGAAGAAAGAGGACGAGUGAGAUUUCUUCACACGCUAUGCGCGCGUCAAAGAGGAAAAGGAAACCGAAAAAGUUCUUUGACGACACGCAAAGACAAGAAGAAGACGUCGAUAUCGAGGAAGAAGAAGAAGAAGAAGAAGAAGCGCCUCAACCACCACCGUUUGUGCCGCGAGGUACAACUCAAAUAAGAAGAAGCGCGAGAGCAGCAACGACGACGACGCAAAAGACAUCGCCUCCAGCUUCUACUUCUCUCACCAAAAAGAAGAAAGCAGCGCCGCCGCCGCCGGCGAGCAAAACGCCGACGUCGACGGCGACGUUCUCGUCCGCGUCAAAAGGGCAAACGUGGUCGAACUACCUCUCUGGAUGUCCGAAGUGCCGCUACAGUUCGUGCAACGCGUGUAGGCCAAUGCACGUUCGAGCCAUCGACGGAGACGAAAGCGCGCAACAACGCGUGAUUAAAUGGAACGAAAGACGCGAGGAAAAAGUAGCGAGCGCCUCGAGGUCGUUAGGUCAAAAAGCAAAGGCAUCAAACGUCCGAAUGCGACGAACUUCGUCCGUCCACGCCGCCGCGAGGACCAUAAGUAUGUCCUUGACGCCGAUAAAACAAACAUCUACCGCGACAAAAUCGAGGAAAUCAGCGACGGAUAAACGACGGAAAUCGACCCAAAGCGUACAACAAAGUCGGCGACGAAAUUCCGUCGAAGACUCGGCGGAGAAGAGGAAAUCAAUCACCGGUGGUGGUGGUGGUGGAAAGACCACCGCUCUUUUUUCCGGAUUAUCCUUCAUGAUUACGAGCAUGCCAAGCUCGCGCGUGAUGAACGAAAUGCGCGCUUCUAUUACCGAAAAUGGUGGCCGCUUAUUCGAUAGCAUUCCGAAGUUCAGCUCGAGCAAACGCGUUCCGGCGCGCAAGCAAAUUGUCGUCCUCCCGACGAUGAACAACAACAGCGAAAAAAGGAAAGAAACCGCGAAGUGCUUAUACGCGCGAGCAAUUGGUGCGAGAUUACGUUCGGUCCGAUGGGUCCGCGAAUCCUUGGAAAAGAACAGAAUUAUGGAAAACGACGGUCAAAACGCGACGCAACCGACAAAGUUGAACUUUCAAGGCACGUCGUUUCUUUUACUCGGGAACACGUUUUUCCAAGACGAGUUUUCAAACUUGAUGCUCCACGCCGGCGCAAACACGGUGAUGACGUGCGGGAAAAUGACCAAGAAAGCGUUGAACCAAGCGUUAAAACGAGCGCAAGAGGAGCAAAACGAGAUACACGCCGUCGUUAUUCAAUCGAGCGAAAAAUUGAGUCGCGAAAUUAAAAGCGCGCUGAGCGAAUCUAGGAAAAUAGUCGUCCGACACGAUUGGUUGACUGAAUCGUUACAGCGAGGCGAAAUUCUGGAAUUUCUGGAGUACGAGGUGCACUUAUAA